UCCAACUCGUACAAGAAGCAGAAAACGUAUCCGUUAUAGUGUCCAGUCGUACAUAGUGGUAUUUUCGACAAUAAUACAUCCACUAAAAUUCAGUUGUGUUUAUGUUGUACGUCUCCAAACACAAACCCGGACGAAAAUGAUAAUUAUUGUGCGUUACCAGCAACUAGCAAUUGAAACUACGUUUAUUUUUCAUUUCGGAUUUGGUAACAAUGAUUAAAUGUGUCAUCGUCAUUAGAGACGCGUUAUGAUUAAAAGUGAAAUAAUUAUUUAUGUGUAAAUAAUAAUUCGUUGUGAGCAGAAAUUAAUUGAAAUAAAUGUGAGAUCACAAAUUUAUAUGAAUUAUUUCUUAGCUGAUGUCAGGUAGGAGAAAUGGUUCAUAAUACAAGCAAGCUGUUGAUACGAACGAUGUGGCUGUGUAGGAAGUUAACAUGUGCGACUUUUAUUUUGGCGCUAACUGCGUCAAUUAUGCCGUGUUUUAGCGUUUCUUCAUUUAAAAACACGCUACAGAUAUAUAAACGAAACAGAAUUGGUCAUAUAAAUGAUUAUAUUCGACCAAUAAGAACUUCGGCAGUUUCUGAACCACGAUUUUCAAAUUUUGGAAUUAUCGGAAGUUUGGGGGGCUAUUUUACAAAAUUUUAUAGCUAUUUCGAGUCGGGUAUGAACCUCUUAUGGGGUUUUGACGGAAAUAUGGAUGAUACACGGGAUGCUAGUUCGAAGAAAGUGAAUUACAAACGUUAUCAACUGUUGAGGGUGAUACCGAGGACAGACCCGCAGGUGGAUGACGUAUUAGCGCUCAGAGAAGAGAUAGAAGGACUGAUGUACUGGACGGAGCCGGUGAAGAACCAUUCUGCAGACAUCCUGGUGCCCCCAGAUUUAUUAACUGACGUCAAAGAGUUCCUCAACUUACGAGGGCUUGAGUUCGUCGUUCUUUUCAAGGACAUACAGAAGGCAAUUGCUUUGCAAAACCCGAAGAUGUCACGAGAAAAACGAAUCGAAUUGCGGAAUAGCAAGGGACACGAGAUGACCUUCAAAAGGUACCACAGAUACUCAGACAUGCUACACUACUUGGAAUAUCUCAGUAUCAAAUAUCCGGAACUGGUGGAGAUGAUAACCAUAGGCAAGUCCAGCCUGGGGCAGCCACUAAAAGUCGUCAAGGUAUCAACUGGACAGCGAACUAAGAAAGGCGAGAUCAAACCGGCGGUUUGGAUAGAUGGGGGAACGCACGCCAGAGAAUGGAUUUCACCGGCUGUUGUCAUGUACACAUUGAAACAGCUGGUUGAAAAUUUCAAAAUCAAUCGUAAAAUAGUUGAAGGAGCCGACUGGUACAUCCUCCCAGUGUCCAACCCUGAUGGCUACGAAUACUCUCACAGCACAGAUCGUUUCUGGAGAAAGACACGCUCAAAUCACGAGAUCGAAGAUGAAAAACAAUCCAGGACAUUAUCAAGUUUCUUCUGGGGAGAGACAUGUCGGGGGGUCGACAUGAAUAGAAACUGGAACUUUCACUGGGGAGAAGUAGGGGCUUCGGAUGAUCCCUGCCAAGAAACUUACGCAGGACCAAGGCCGUUUUCUGAGCCGGAGACAAGAGCCAUUUCGGACUUCAUAAUGGACAGGAAGGACAGGAUAAAACUGUACCUUACCAUGCACGCAUACUCCCAGAUGUGGCUCAUACCUUGGGGGUAUACCAACAAGAAAACUGGGGACUAUGACGAUCUCAUGAGUAUGGGGAGGAAGGCUGUGGAUGCCUUGAACAGGGUCAGUGGCACUCAGUACCAGGUGGGACAUUCACCUUCGCUGCUGUAUCCUACUUCAGGUGGAGCUGAUGACUGGGCAAAAGGAGUAGCAGGAAUCAAAUACGCGUACACGGUAGAACUGAGGGACGAUGGAACGUAUGGCUUCCUACUUCCUGCCUCCCAGAUUGUCGCCACGGGAAAAGAAACUUUCGCGGCCAUCAAAGCGGUCGCCAGAGCAAUCGUGUGCAAGAACUAAAUAUAACUUAUGGUCUUGCAGCUUUCUUCGUCAGUUCAUUGUAAAUCUCGAGUCAUAUUUACAAAUGAUGUUCCUUCGUGGCAAGAACUGCCUUCUGUCAUGAUCUAAAACCGAACUUUGUUUCCAUAGUAACCAUUUAUUUUUUUAAUUCGCUUAGUUGGGGGUGGAGUCCAACUGGGUCCA